AUAAUGGACAUCACACUUUUGUAAACAUACCACCUGAAUCGCACACAGCCUGUGCAUUGGUGCUGUGAUACCCUUUCCUGUUGACAUAUGAGGCUUCGUUAGUGGUUUAAAUUCUAUCUACAUUAUCAAAACCAGUGUAAAUGGCUCAAGCUGCGUCUAAAUCAUGUGAGGUAUGUGACGGUGGUCCUGCUCGUCAUUACUGUCAACAGUGUGAUCAAAUGUUUUGUAUUAAUUGUAAAACUUCACAUUUACGAAUAAAAACAACCAAAGGUCACACGUUUCUUAAUGAACGAAAUUACAAACCGGAGAAAAAACCCUUCUGUUCUGAACACGACGAACCUUUUAUAUUUCAUUGCAUGGAUUGUGAUACCGUUGUUUGUAGAAUAUGUGCUGUGAAAAAUCACAAUAGACAUAGUAUGUUGGGGAUGGAGGAAUCAGUCCAGAACCUCAAAGAGAAAAUUACAAAAUGUGUGGAAUUUCGUGUUGAAAGUCUUGAAAAAAAGAUAACGUACGUUGAAGAUGGAACCAGGAAAUACAAGUCACAAAUUGAAACUGCUUCCCAGUCAAUAAAUGAGGAAGCAAAACAUUUGAAAGAUCUUAUUGAUAGACGAGCAGAAGUAUUGAUCGAAUCAUUUAAGGGAGAAGAAGAAAAUAAUCUUGUGACCUUGUCUACAGCUAACACCGAAUUCACGGAUUCCCUAGAAAGGGUCAACAUAGUGCAUCGAGCAAUUGCAGAUACAGCUAAUAUGUUAGACGUGGCAUUGAUUCCAAAACUUAAACAAUUUCAAGAGGAAAUCAAUAACAUGGAGAUGAAGGAGGUUCCAGAUUUACCGGCAAUAGACUACUCCAAGAAGAAUAUAUCAGAGACCGAUAUCAGGAACCUGUUCGGGGAGUUGACAAUAAGCACUUCCGGACAACAGACAAAGAAAAAUCCAUUUCGUGGCGGCUUUGUUUCCAACAUUGACUACGGAUAUGAUAAUAGGAAAAAAGAGAUAAAGAAAAAAGGAUCUCGAGGUGGUUUUGGUAGCAGAUGUCGUAGUAGGUGUGGUAGAGGCAAUAGAGGUGGUUUUGGAAGUGGCGGCUUUGGUUGGGAUUUUGGAUGUGGCAGCGAUGACGAUAGUCAAAAAGAGAUUACGAAAAAAACAUCUGGUGGUGGUUUUGGUAGCGGAUAUCGUGGUCGGUUUGAAGGAGGCUAUAGAGGUAGUUUUGGAGGAGGCGGAUUUGAUAGGGAUUUUGGAAGUGGGAGCGAUGACGAUUGUCAAAAAGAUAUUAAGAAAAAAACAUCUGGUGGUGGUUUUGGUAGCGGAUAUCGUGGUAGGUUCGAAGGAGGCUUAAGGGGUCGUUUUGGAAGAGGCGGUUUUGGUGGCAACGAUGAUGAUAGUUAGUACGUAUCAAGAAAUGCAAACAUUUAAGUAGCAGUCUGGCUAAGAAUCAUGCAAAAGGAUGAAAUAGUGAUACACACUGUAUCACAGAAAUUGACAAUACUUUUUGUAUUGAAAGGUCUUGUGAAGUUAGUACUCAAUUUAUAAUAUUAGACUAUUGAAUACAGUAUAUUCUUCUUAAUGCAA